AUGAGUGCAAGAACAACUCCAUGUUCGACCGAAACAGCAAAAGGGUACCAAGAUGUGGACACAGCCUCAGAGUCCCAGCAAGGGACUAGCACUCCUUUCUCGAGCUUUAAAUCCGUCUCUAAAUAUCUAAUUACGAUCAUGGCCUCAAUGGCCAGCCUGAUCUCGCCCAUGUCGUCUAAUAUAUAUCUCACAGCCCUAACACCCAUCGCUGAGGAUCUACAUGUUAGCGAUUCGAUGGUAAAUUAUACGAUUACGACUUAUAUGAUUUUUCAGGCGAUUUCGCCUGUUCUCAUUGCCACCUGCUCUGAUGUUGUGGGUCGGAGACCGGCUUUUUUGCUCUGCUUUACUCUCUACAUCGCGGCCAAUAUUGGGUUAGCUCUGCAAACUGAGUAUGCUAGUCUACUUGGUUUGCGAUGUCUUCAGAGUGCAGGAUCUUCACCGACCAUUGCCCUUGCAAGUGCGGUGGCUGCUGAUAUCGCCGCUUCAAAGCAAAGAGGGUCCUUUCUGGGGGUUGUUUUGGCAUUGCAAAUUAUUGGUCCUACCAUUGCUCCCGUUGCGGGGGGUCUAUUGAGCAAUCACCUGGGCUGGCACAGUAUUUUCUGGUUCCUCUGCGCGGCGGCCGUUAUACUCCUUAUCCCAAUGUUUUUCUUUUUUCCCGAGACAUCACGCAAUGUUGUAAAUGACGGCUCAACACCUCCACCGUGGUGGAACAGGAGUGUAAAGCAGAUGGUGUGCCGAAACCGGCACUGGAAAACACCAGAACAACAUCCAACAACCCCCACCUCUCCCAAAGGACCCCGACUCACCAACCCCCUGCCCACUUUGUGGGUGAUCCUCACCGACACACAGUCCCUCAUAAUCCUCCUAAUCAUAGGCCAAAGCUACUGCGGAAUCUACGCCCUCAUGACAAGUAUCCCAAGCCUAAUGCACAGCACAUACGGCUACAACAGCGAGCAAACAGGCUACCUUUUUCUCGCCUGGAGCGCCGGAACCAUCCUCUCAGCCUUCUCAACAGGCGCCUACCUGGACUGGCAGUACCGCCGCGAAGCGCGAAGACUAAACGUCGACCCAAACACAGACCUCCAAGAAAUCCCACAUUUCCCUAUCGAAAAAGUCCGCCUAAACCUCUGCAUCCCCAUCCUACUCGUAACAGGAACAACAAUAAUAAUCUACGGCUGGCUCCUCGAAUACGCAUACCCAGUCGCCUUCGUCUACGCCUUUGAACUCAUCUUCGGCUUCUGGGCUUCAUCAAUCUGCCAAAUGGGCACAACACUCAUAAUGGACAUCCACCCCGCCUCCCCCGCCGCAGCAGGCGCAACAGUCAACCUCGUCCGUUGCCUGCUCGGCGCUGCAGUAACAGCUGCCACCCUCCCGCUCAUGCACACCAUCGGCAAAGGCUGGUUUCACAACCUCGUCGGUGUAUUCUGCGUGUACGCUGGCGUGCCGAUGGUGCUGUGGGUUAUGCGCAACGGCGCGCGGAUGAGGGAGAGCCGCGCGAAGACGAAGACGGCUUCAUGUUGA